CGGCUGAAAUUGACACAGUUGCGGGUUACUCUGCGCUGCCUGGCAGAUGCAGAAAUGGCUGGAGUCGGGGCAAAUCGGGGGGCGCUCCACUAUGAACAAACUUUGAUGUAUGGCAGAUAUACCCAAGACUUGGGAGUAUUUGCCAAAGAGGAAGCAGCUCGUUUGCGACAGGAGAAGGACCAGAUAAGAAUAUUUUCCAGAGAGCAUGCCAAGCGUGCGGAGUUGAUAGAGUAUGAUCGAAGCCGUUGUGCUAGAUGUAGAAUAUUGAGCGUGCGAUGCCAAACAUUCCUUAUCUCAAAAGUGGGGGAAGACUGGAUUUUCCUGAUUUUGUUGGGAUUGUUGAUGGCCUUAGUGAGCUGGGCCAUGGACUUUGCCAUUGCUAUGUGCUUACAAGCUCAGAAAUGGAUGUACGGUGGCCUGGAACACAAUGUCUUUCUUCAGUACUUGGCCUGGGUUACUUACCCUGUUGUUCUCAUAACCUUCUCAGCAGGAUUUGUCCAGAUCAUUGCUCCUCAGGCAGUAGGUUCUGGGAUCCCAGAGAUGAAGACGAUCCUACGUGGAGUGGUGCUAAAGGAAUACCUCACCUUAAAAACUUUUGUAGCAAAAGUAAUCGGGUUAACUUGUGCAUUAGGAAGUGGAAUGCCGUUAGGUAAAGAGGGACCUUUUGUUCACAUUGCAAGCAUGUGUGCUGCAUUGCUGAGUAAAUUCAUGUCACUCUUUGGUGGGAUUUAUGAGAAUGAAUCCCGCAACAUUGAGAUGCUGGCAGCUGCCUGUGCUGUUGGAGUUGGCUGUUGCUUUGCUGCACCAAUAGGAGGUGUUCUUUUCAGUAUUGAAGUAACAUCAACAUUUUUUGCUGUCAGAAAUUACUGGCGUGGCUUCUUUGCUGCUACCUUCAGUGCCUUUAUCUUCCGUGUCCUGGCUGUCUGGAACAAAGAUGAAGAAACCAUCACUGCCUUAUUUAAAACUCGAUUCCGUCUCGAUUUUCCAUUUGAUCUUCAAGAGCUCCCUGCUUUUGCAGUAAUUGGGAUUGCAAGUGGCUUUGGUGGUGCCUUGUUUGUUUACUUCCACAGAAAAAUCGUGGCUAUAAUGAGAAAACAAAAAACAAUUAACAAGUUUUUAAUGAAAAAGCGCCUACUUUAUCCAGCACUGGUGACUUUGCUUGUUGCCACUCUCUCAUUUCCUCCUGGUUUUGGCCAGUUCAUGGCUGGAGAGCUCACCCAGAAGGAAACUUUGGUAACCCUCUUUGAUAAUCGGACAUGGGCAAAGCAAGGUGUCGCAGAGGAAUUUGACUACAUUGAAAUUUCAAAGGCCUGGAAAAAUCCUCAAGCAAAUGUUUUUGUGACACUAGUGACAUUCAUCCUGAUGAAGUUCUGGAUGUCUGCGCUGGCCACAACAAUUCCUGUACCGUGUGGAGCCUUCAUGCCAGUCUUUGUCAUUGGAGCUGCAUUUGGUCGCCUUGUUGGAGAGAGCAUGGCAGCCUGGUUUCCUGAUGGCAUCCAUGCAGAUGGUAGUACUUAUCGUAUUGUGCCGGGUGGAUACGCUGUUGUAGGUGCGGCAGCGUUGUCAGGUGCAGUGACCCACACAAUUUCCACCUCAGUUAUUGUUUUCGAGCUCACAGGCCAGAUCUCCCACAUUCUGCCAGUUAUGAUUGCGGUCAUCCUGGCCAAUGCUGUUUCCCAAAGCUUGCAGCCCUCUGUCUACGACAGCAUCAUUCGCAUCAAGAAACUUCCGUACCUUCCUGAGCUCGGCUGGGGACAUCUUGAAAAAUACAACAUCCGUGUGGAAGAUAUCAUGGUAAGAGACAUCCGAUUCGUCAUUGUAAAUUGCAAGUACAGGGACCUGCAGGAUCUACUUCACAGCACCAAACUUAAACACCUUCCUCUUGUUGAGUCAGCAGAUUCCAUGAUUCUGCUGGGCUCCAUUGAAAGGAAUCAGCUGCAAACCCUUAUUGAUAAUCAACUGAGCAGACAGAGGAGGAUGGAGUACCUUAGACAGAAAGCUCAGGCCAAGGAGAAAGUGGAUCCUGACUCCCUCAGAAUUAUCGAUGAAGGAAACAAAGAUGCCCAUGAUUCUGGAGUCAGAUUUGAGAUUGGGACUGAGGAAUCGUCAUUUUCUCCAUCUCGAAGUGGAUCGCAAAAACCACUGAAGCCAGCGUUGAAGCGAGUCCCAAGCAGUACACAUGAUAUGUCAGGUGCCCUGGAUCAGACAGGAAUUGCACUGAAAAGUCUGUUUUGUGUAAACUCAGUGGAUGAACCAGGAGAGAAUCAGGCAAUGUCAGAGCACAGAAAGUCGAAACGUGUACGAAUAUCUAUAGUGGAUGAAUAUGAAGUUGAAGAUGACAUGACACCAUCAGAGAUUAUGGAAUGGGAAGAAAAACAGUUUGAUGAACAAGUGGACUUCAACAACUGUAAGAUUGACCCAGCACCCUUCCAACUCGUAGAAUGGACAUCUUUACACAAGACUCACACCAUGUUCUCCCUGUUAGGACUUAACCAUGCUUAUGUGACGAGUAUUGGAAAGUUAAUAGGAGUGGUAGCUCUUAAAGAGUUGAAAAAAGCCAUUGAGGGUUCAGUCACGUCCAAAGGUGUGAAGAUGAAGCCACCUUUGGCCAGUUUCAGGGAGAAUGCCAACAGCAGCAGUGAAUCAGACACCACAGAGAUCCACAAGCUGUGGGACAGAAGGGAAAGCCUUACACUUCCACGUGAAUCCAGUCCAUCAGACACAGAUGACAAAUCACACUGAACGAGCCUAGCAGGGAACAAAUUGCCUGAUGGUCACUUGCAUGAAACCACAAGAAAUAAAAGCAGGAGUGAGCCAUUCUGCCCCUUGAGCCUGACAAUAAAAAAUGUUUGAACAAACUACACCAGUUCUGGACUGCAGAGAUGUAUCUUCAAUGUUUAUUCCAAUUAUUUAGUAAAUUAUUACUAUUUUUUGUCUAUCUUGCACAUCCUUUCUUUAGGAAGUACAGGUAGUUCAUCAGCAGAAUCUUAAUACGUUUGGUUUAUCUAUGAUCUCGCUGAAAUAAGGAAUCUUACAUUGAGUGUUUUCCAAAUUCCUUUACCUGCUGAAUACAGUUGGAGUACCCAGAUUAGAUUAUUUUUUAACUAUCCUUCCAAACGAGAAUUUAAUGGGUGCCUGGGAUUUUCCUGGUUAGGUUCAUUUUGCUUUCAAUUUAUAUGUAAUGCCUUAAAAUAAUGCUAAUAGCUCUACUUUAUCUAUUUUCUCAUUCCAACUCAGCAACCAGUUACUUUUGUAUCCUUCAGGAAAAGACGGUGAACCAUUGUACCAUUGCUAUUUUAUCACUUAAUCAAAAGGAGGUAGGUGCACUAAUGGGUAAUUUGAUGGGCUUCGUGAUUAUUGGUUUGAAUUAAACUUCCCAACUGUAACACCUCCAUCAUCUUUUUAAUUGUCCGUUCCCCAGUAAGAGAUUUGUCCUUUUAAUGCUUAGGUUUUCAACCUGGGUAAUAGGCACUGCUAGCACUAAGGCAAACUUGUACCCAUGAACCUUGUCUCUGCUUAUCAUCUGGUUUGACUGACACUUCCACAGAUUUUAAUGGCUAUGUAAGCUUCCUAUUAACUGUGUAGGACAUCAUUAACAUAUAAAUCUAAACUGUGUUGCUUUGUGCAUUUUUUCAUAAAUUGUCUGAAUAUAUAUUCUGGGAUUAAACUUGAACUUCUUUUUACCACUGGCUUUUGGGAGCCCUUCUAUUAAACCUUUGAUAAGUUAGCUGCUCAUUUUUUGACCUCAAAUUAUCUCUUCAGCAAUAGUUUGUUUCUCAAGAUUCAUCCUUUGCUUUAAAUUGAAUUGUAAAAUUGCGGGCAAUUUUGUAGCAAUCGUUUAGCUCCUUCUCAAAAGUAUUAUUGAUUCCACAGAAAAAUGGUUAAACGUUAUGCAAGUAGAGCUCAAAAUAAGCCUGGAGUACAACAUAUUACCCUGGAUAGUCUAUUACCUUGGAUGUUCUUUCAGCAAUGUAUGACUUUCUGAUCAAACAUCCUGUAAUAAUGGCUAUUUAUGUAAUCUUUUUAAUUAUCCCCAAAAGACGACAUAUUGCUUCUACAAUGUCAUUUAUUUUAGUUAAUUUUCAUUGAAUUUGCUUUUUCAACUCUUGACUGUGCAGGGACCUUCCAUAAUGAGAUAAGAGUCAAAAUAUCACAGAAAUAUAGCUGUUUUUUCUGCAGCUGUCUUUAGGGAUUGUUCCUGAAAUGACAUGGUUCGUGAGCUCAUUUAAAUUCAGAACAAUGUACGUUGUUUUAAAUGUUGAUUUAUAAAAUAUUAAUGCUGAUAUGCUGGAGAAUUAAAUUAUCCACAGAAAAUAUAAAAUUUGCAGUUUUGUAAACACUGAGAUGAUUGGAAAAUAUAAUUAUUAGCUUGGAUUUUUGAGCAUUACAAAUAUUCUAAAAUCUUAAAUGAUAUCUCUGCAGUCAUUAAGUUCAAGAAGACAACUCUGUCUGCAAACUAUAAUAAUAUUUUUACAUUGAUUUAUGAAAUUUUAUGACAAUUACUGUGAAACAUUUUGCAAUCUAUAGGGUUUGUGUAAGAAUUCAAAAUCAAAUACUACAUAUUAUUGGACCAGUCCCUAAUGCAUGGUCUGUGUAAAAUACAUGCUGUUUUAUUGUUGUGAUUCUUUCUAACAAUGGAGCAAAAUUGUGAUUCUGAAGUGAGGUAUCAAUUUAGAAGCAUUAUUAAUAAAAUCUUGAGAACACUAGAUAACAAUCUGAUUUUGAAUAUCUGUAAUAAUUGGCCUAAGAUAUAAUAAUAAUUGGAUUGCAUUUUAAUAUUUGAGUUAUUCUUAUAUUGCUAUAAUUUAAUUUGAACAUAUAUUUUCUAUAUAAUAUGACAAUGUGCUCUAAAAUGGAAGCUGUUUAUUUAGAUUCUUGUGCAGUUUUUCACGAUUAUAAAACUAUAUGGGUACUCCAUGUUGAUAUUAGCCUCAGAAUCACCACUUGUGCAAUAAUUUUUUGAAUGGCAGAUUUUGCCGUUCAAUUCUAUAUAUGGAAUUAAUUCAAUUAACUUCAUUUUUUUUAUCAAGGAUAGUGGUUUGUUUAAACUGCCUAUUGCAAUUGAUCAAACUUCAGCCUUAAUUUUUUUUGUGCUACAUUCAGAUUAUUUCUGAUCUGUGUUAAAUCUUCUGUAAAAAUAAUUUCUGUAUAUUAGUGUGAGCUCAGAGUUUAACAAAUUUCAGUGUUAUUUAAAAAAAUAAUUUGUUUAUCUUGCAACUACAAGGAAUAAUAAAUUUUUAACCAAUG